AUGGGUGUUCUUCAACAGGUAGCGAGCCACCCGCUCUCGCAGCAGUUCCAGACUUUGGGUCUGGGAUCACAGAUUGGCAUCGCCUUGGGUUGUCUCAUCGCUCUUGCGGUUACUCUGAACGUUGCGAGCCAAAUUCUCUUCAAGAACCCCAAUGAGCCUCCGCUGGUCUUCCAUUGGUUCCCCUUUAUUGGCAGCACCGUGACGUACGGAAUGGACCCUCCCAAGUUUUUCAAAGAGAACCGUGCCAAGUUUGGAGAUGUCUUCACCUUUGUUCUCCUUGGCAAGAAAACCACCGUCGCCGUUGGCCCCGCAGGAAACGACUUCAUCCUCAAUGGCAAGCUCAAAGAUGUCAAUGCCGAAGAGAUCUAUACUGUUUUGACUACGCCUGUCUUUGGCCGGGAUGUUGUGUAUGACUGUCCCAACGCCAAGUUGAUGGAACAGAAGAAGGUAACGAAAACCAUGGCCGGCUUUGAUCUUGUCGCGGCACAGGCAGAAAGGGCUAAUCAUUUCUUGGUACAGUUUAUGAAGAUUGCUCUGACGACGGAAGCUUUUCGAUCCUACGUCCCCAUUAUUUCUGGCGAAGUACAGUCCUACUUCAAGCGUGACCCCGAGUUCAAGGGCAAAUCCGGUAUCGUCGAUAUCCCCAAGAAGAUGGCAGAGGUUACAAUCUUUACUGCCUCACACGCUCUUCAGGGCAGCGCCAUCCGCGGCAAGUUUGACGAGUCUCUGGCUGCUCUAUAUCACGAUCUGGACAUGGGCUUCACCCCCAUCAACUUCAUGUUACACUGGGCGCCCCUCCCCUGGAACCGCAAGCGUGACCAUGCUCAACGUACUGUUGCCAAGAUCUACAUGGAUACUAUCAAGGAACGUCGGGCCAAGGGCGAUGCCGACAAGGAGCUCGACAUCAUGAAGCACCUAAUGAACUCGACCUACAAGAACGGAACCCCUGUUCCUGACCAUGAGGUCGCGCACAUGAUGAUUGCCCUGCUCAUGGCCGGCCAGCACUCAUCGUCAUCGACCAGCUCUUGGAUCAUGCUGCGCCUCGCUCAGAACCCGCACAUCGUCGAAGAGCUCUACCAAGAACAGAUCAAGACUCUUGGCGCUGAUCUGCCACCUCUUACCUACGAGGACCUCUCCAAGCUGCCCCUCAACCAGGCCAUCGUCAAGGAAACCCUACGUCUACACGCUCCUAUUCACUCCAUCAUGCGUGCGGUCAAGCAGCCCAUGCCCGUGCCCGGCACAAAAUACGUGAUUCCCACCACUCACACUCUUCUCGCCGCUCCCGGGGUCAGCGCCAGCGACCCCAGCUACUUCCCCAACCCUGAAACCUGGGACCCUCAUCGCUGGGAAAGCGACUCACCCAACGCGCCCACCAUUGUCCGCAAUGUCGUGGACGAAGAGGAGAAGGUCGACUAUGGAUACGGUCUGGUCAGCAAGGGUGCCGCCUCGCCGUACCUUCCUUUUGGUGCGGGUCGCCACCGAUGCAUUGGCGAGCACUUUGCCAACGUACAGCUUCAAACGAUUGUUGCCGAGACGGUACGUCUGUUCAGGCUGAGCAAUGUAGAUGGCAGCAACACCAUUAUUGGCACCGACUACGCGUCUCUCUUUUCACGACCUCUGGAACCCGCAAAGAUCCGCUGGGAACGACGAGACUAG